UCACUUUCUCUUUUUCUUGUUGGAAUUCCUUUUCCUUCCGAUCUAAACAAACAAAAACCAGAAUAGUAUAAAAACAAACAAAUCAGAAAAAUUCAAUUUCAAAAGAAACGCAGUAGUAUUUUGAGAUUUGGGGGAAGAUGAAGAUCACAGCUCUGUUGGUAUUGAAUUGUAACGGAGUGAAUCCAUCUUCAUCGUCUUCAUCAUCAUCAUCAUCAACAGAACCAAAUCCAAUAAUAUUAGCAAACGCGUGUGAUGUAAGUCAAUUUGGGUAUUUUCAAAGAACUGGUGUUCGUGAAUUCAUUGUUUUUGUUGGUCGUACUGUUGCUAAACGUACUCCUCCUGGACAACGUCAAUCUGUUCAACACGAAGAAUACAAGGUGCAUUCUUACAAUAGGAAUGGAUUAUGUGUGUUGGGAUUUAUGGAUGAUCAUUACCCUGUCCGUAGUGCCUUCUCCCUUCUUAACAAGGUACUAGAUGAAUAUGAGAAGAAUUUCGGCGACUCUUGGAAAACUGCAAAGGAAGAUGCAACUCAACCAUGGCCUUAUCUAACUGAAGCUCUGACUAAAUUUCAGGAUCCCGCUGAGGCUGAUAAAUUGUUAAAGAUUCAGAGGGAGUUGGAUGAGACCAAAAUUAUCCUUCACAAAACAAUUGACAGUGUGCUAGCAAGAGGGGAGAGGUUGGACAGUUUAGUGGAGAAAAGUUCUGAUCUGAGUGCAGCAUCACAGAUGUUCUAUAAGCAGGCAAAGAAAACCAACCAGUGUUGUACCAUAUUAUAGACUUGACUGUGGGGGAAGGUAAUGAUAGGUGACUCGUGGGCGUGAGUGACGGAUGUGUAGUCCCCUGAAGGGAAAGGAUGGGUUUGCGUUUGUUAUUAAUUUAGUUUAAUGUUUUUUAUUUUCUGGAUCCUAUUUUUGUUAACAAUAUUAAAGCUUUAUAGACUCUUUUGGCUGGUUGGUAAAAAAAAAAAAGGUUAAUAGUAAUUCCAAAUUGCAGUUUGCUUUUUAAUUUAA